AUGUCCUCUCAACAUCGCAAGAGUGUACGUUUGCCUAUGCCAACGCGGUGGCGCGCGGGUCCCCGUCGCACACCACUCGCCUUCUCGAGCUUGCCGCCCGAGAUCUGGACGCGCGUCGCCCUCUGCCUCGAUCGCCAGUCCGUCAUCAACCUAGCGUCCAGCUCUCGCUUCGCGUACUACCUUUGCCAACCGGCGCUCUACCACACACUGACCGUCCUUCAUCCUGGCGACCCCAACUACAAAGAAUACGAGGUCUUGAAGCGCGGUCAUCUGGGCCAUGUUCGGUGCUUGCGCGUCAGAGCGGAUGUGGUUCCGGAUACAUAUGUCAACGAGAUCGUCAAGUUCUCCGCUUUCAGACACCUUCGCGUCCUGGACCUGACAAUUUGUUGUCGGAGCAUUCACACGUAUUGGGCCGAGCCGCCGAGCGUAGAGCUCCCGCCGCAUCUCUCCGACCACCUGCCUCUCCUGACCACGCUCUCGUUCACGCUAGGCCGAAGACGACGGCGCUUGAGCAGCGUGCACGGCCGCGCGUUCCUGGCCUCUGCACAUUUCCCGAUCCUUUCCUCGUUCUCCUUGUACAUCUACGACCGCAAGAUAACUUGGGACCUCGACGAGCUGCGCGCGCUCGAUACGUUCCUCCGCAUACACGGCGCCGGUCUUCGGGAGCUCGCCCUGCCUUGCUGGCACCUAACUCGCGGCCCUUCGGCGGUCGCCCUGAAGACGAGCAUCGCCGCGUCGCUGUCGCGCGCACCCCUGCGGCGGCUCGUGACGAGCUACCCGACCGCGCGCCAGCUCGUCGCCGCAGGCACGUCGUCGGUCAGCCUCGAAGAGCUGACGGUCGUUUUUUCUCCGCUGUUGGAUAACUUGUUUUCCGAGACCAUGGCGAUAUGGCCGCCCGCGCCGCACCUCAAGAAGCUCGCAUUUUGCGUGGGGAACGAGGACCGGGUCGACUGGGAGUCCCUCGCGCGCGCCUACCCCGAGUUGGAGUACCUCAGCGUCGACUGGACUCACGCGGGCUACGACUGCGACCAGGGCAAGUAUAGAAAGCUACCGCGCGGCUUCCCGGGGUCGUGCCCGAAACUGAAGUGGGUGUUGCUUUACACCCAUAGCUGGAAAAAAGAGAAGCGAUAUAGGGUUCGACGGAACGUGUCGACGGGAACCUGGUGGAUGUCCAGACUCGCCGCCGGUGCUCAUUUUCCUAGCGACGAG